AUGAGACACUCUGUUCUCUCCAUCACCUUUGCCGUGGCACUUUUCUUGGAGUGCUACACACCAUCCACGGCGAUCCCCAUGGGCAAGACGGAGGACGUCGCCUUGGAGCAAGAUACCCUAGACUCCCUGCUGAGUGAAGAGGUGGCUGAAAACAGCCCUGAUUCAGUCAGAGGCAGGAGCUCCAAGAUUGUCUUGCUGGCAGACUCAGGCCUGUGGAAGAACCUGAACAGAGGACUUCCUUUCUACAAGCUGAGAGCUGCAGCUGCCGGGCCUGACAGAGUCCUGACCCUGGACCAUAGAGAGGCUGGCCAGGACCUGAGCCCCAGCAUCUCCAUCGUCAGGAGGGACACCAUGAGGUGUAUGGUGGGAAGGGUGUACCGGCCCUGCUGGGAGGUGUAG